AUGAAGAAGAAGAGCGUCGGCUGCGGGUGCCUUGGCGCGCCGAUGCGCUCGCUGUCGCGGGCGUGCGACUCGGCGUGCGACCUCUACGUGCGCGGCAUGUCCGGGUGCGCGCGCGGUCUGCCGUCCGGGUCGUCCGCGGGCAUCGUGGGGCGCGGCUCCGGCGCCGCGUCCCAGCGCCUCCGAGUCAGCUCCGACAAGGCCGACGACCUUCUCCGCGCCGCGGCCGCGUCCAGCAGGCGCCAGUGCCGCGUCGCGGCCGAGCCGGCGGAGCCGGAGCCGGCGACGGCGGAGGUCGUCGGCUACGGGGCCGGUAAGAUGCUGGGCAGCGCCGGAGGUCUGGUCGGCCCGGCGGCGCCCCCUUCGCGGAAGAGGGCCGUUGUGGCCACCAUGGGCACCAUCGCCGAGGACGCGCCGUGCGAGUUCGGCCCAGACGGCGCCUGCGCUGUCUCCUCGAUGAAGCCGCCGCGCCGCGGGGGGUUCGGCGCCGUCAAGCUGGGAGCGACGACGUCUUUGCACGCUGACCCAUGCAUGGGGGUACUCAGCUAG